CAACACGUCCAAUCUGCCAAAACCUUUUUCUGGGAUAGCACAAAAGAGAAGUUCCAAGCUUCCCAAUGUCUAGACAAGCUCAAGCACUACUUUCACUACUCCUACUGGCAACAUGUGCUGCAACCGGGCUGGCGGAUGUGCCACCACCGCCCUUCCUGACCAUCCCAAGCCUAUUCCCGCCAGGGACCCCAAGCCUGCUGCCACCCGGCAUUCCCGGCCUACUCCCUCCGGGGAUUCCAGGGCUGUCUCCGCCGGGAAUCCCGAGUGAGGUAGCAAAGUGCUGGUCUUCAUUUCAGAACAUUCCAGGGUGUGCAUCGGAGAUUUAUACCACAAUCUUGACUGGUAAAUUUGCACUAGGCCCUGCUUGUUGCAAGGCCUUCGUCGAAGUUGAUGAGACUUGCUUGCGGAAGUUGUUCCCACUGUUUCCUUCCAUUCCUGCAUUCCUCAAGAGCAGCUGUGCUGCUGCUGCUCCUAAACCAGCUGGAUCAAAGCAGUAGUAACCAAGUAGGCGGUUGAGAUGAUAAUUUUUACAGGAAAUAAGUAGAUCUUGGUUUCGAUUAGGCAUAGCCGUGCAGAGUUCUUCUUUAGUUUACAUUGUGUGCCAUUUAAGUUGGUAGGUUUUGGAGGGUUCAACCUUCAGGAUUGUAAUUUGUA